CUUCAUUUAGUCUUAGUUAUUAGGCGAACAUCCUCAAGGUCAUUUCGGAGUCGCCCAAAGGUCCCUCAUAAAUUACAGUAUAACCUCGUCGUCACCGCCUAAAGUGAUACCGAAUUCCCUUCUAUUUUCACCAUUCUUGUGUGCCUGAAUGUUAUUCUGUAUUAUAUCAUGCUUCACAUAUAUGACGGAAUAUAAAAGUAAGUUUGUUGUUAACAGAACAUGUUUGUCAUUAUAUAAUGACAAACUGAAGAUUGGAAAGUAUUAUAAUAAUUUAGGACUUGUGUUCAAACAUAAGUAAACUGUGUAUUGUAUAAAAAUUUUUUCGCGAUAAAUUUCCGUUUACGGAAGUACACAUCCCAAGCUCCCAACGUUGGGGAAAUCCCCAAACUUUGGGGAUAUAUAUAUAUAUAUAUAUAUAUAUAUAUACCUUUGUUCUUCCCUAUACGUUAGACAAAAUUCUACGUGGUUGAGUGUUAUAUUGCAAAUGAAUCCUUUGCAUCGAAACCAGACCUUACACGCUGUUCAGUCUAAUAUGAAAGACAUAUUGACAGGAAGUACAUCCGGUAAAUAUUUUGUGUUAACAUCUUUUUCAACAGGCCGGUGGAUAAAGAAUGUGUGUCCAACUUUUCUGGGAUCCUCCCAAAUUCCGUUUUUGUUUUCUCCAAGUUCUCAUUCGGUUGCUAUCAAAAGUCAGCAACAGAUAACUGUAUACUCUGACAGAACAUGGGAAUUUGAUAGUUUUGGUAGUUACGUAUAAUUCCAUUAAAAUGUCUACACAGUGUGGGGUUUAUAGUUUAUUUUACAUGUUUCGGAUUUAGGAAAAUUCAUUCGGAUUCUAGUGAUAUAUAGUAAUCAACAGUUAAAUUUACUGUACUGACUAGCAAUACCCAGAAUUGUUUGGUGAGUUCUAUGGUAGUGAUGCAUGGAAUAACGCUCAAGUCAGAGAGGAAAGUCCACGCAUAUUUAUUUAAAUGAAUACAGAUACUCCAUUGGAAUCGAUAAUCGGACAUUCUAGUAUCCAAUCAACGUCAGAUAGACAUCCACUACUCUGGAAUCCCGUACUAAUUGGAUGCGGGAUUACGACUGUUACUUCAUGCUACAUUUUUUGGUCAUUCAUCUCUCCUGCAUUUCGGAAAAUGUGUUUACCAUUCUUACCUGCUACGUCGACUCAGCUAGAUAAUACGUGCAAGCUUCUGGAGUAUGCGCAAAGUCAAAAAAGUGAUAAGUCAUUAGGAUCUAUAAUUGAUCUGGGCAGUGGUGAUGGACGCGUGUUAAUUGAUUUAUUAAGUCGACCAACAUUGAAAAUCACUUCUGCUCAUGGUGUAGAGUUAAAUCGUCCGCUUGUUUGGUAUUCACGUAUCAACUCCUUUUGUAGUAAUAAAUUACUCCCUACACCCAAAGUAACUUUCGCUUGCAAGAAUAUGUGGAAAACUAAUCUUUCUGUAUAUGAUACAGUUUUACUGUUUGGUGUAGAUUCAAUGAUGGGAUCCAUCGAACAGAAACUAAACAAAGAAUUAAGAAAUGGUUCAAUCGUCAUUACAGCCAGAUAUCCACUGCCUAAUAUUCAAGCAUCCAAAUCCAUUAUUGAUGGACCCCACUCAGUAUAUUUGUACAAAAUGUAGUUAUUACUAAUAUGACUUUGUAAUUACUUUUUGUACAUUUAUUCAACCAUUCCUUUGUUUAAUAAAUCACAAAAUGUCUUUAACUUAUUUUAUCACAUCAAUUAGCUAAUUAUUUUAAAA